CAGACGCGGAGCUGGGAAAAGGGAGGCAGAGGAGGCGGAGGCGGAGGCAGAGCCCGGCGCCGAGACCCAGCGACAGAUCGGCGGGGCUGGGCCUCGCGGAGCCGGCCCGGCGAGCCCUCCCGCCACCCGAGCCGCGGAGGAGACGCAGCGACUCCUCGCCUGCGCCCCCGAGAGCCGCACUCCGGACUGGCCGGGUAGUGAGGGGCCCUAGAGCAGAUCCCGAGUCGGGCUUCGCUCAGCCUCCGACGAGGGCUGGCCCUUUGGAAGGCGCCUUCAGCAGCAGGACCAGCCAGGCCACCAUGACCGACAACUCCACGUCCGCCCCUGCUGCCAAGCCCAAGCGGGCCAAGGCCUCCAAGAAGUCCACAGACCACCCCAAGUACUCAGACAUGAUCGUGGCUGCUAUCCAGGCCGAGAAGAACCGCGCUGGCUCCUCGCGCCAGUCCAUCCAGAAGUAUAUCAAGAGCCACUACAAGGUGGGUGAGAACGCCGACUCCCAGAUCAAGUUGUCCAUCAAGCGCCUGGUCACCACCGGUGUCCUCAAGCAGACCAAAGGGGUGGGUGCCUCGGGGUCCUUCCGUUUGGCCAAGAGUGACGAGCCCAAAAGGUCAGUGGCCUUCAAGAAGACCAAGAAAGAAGUCAAGAAGGUGGCCACGCCAAAGAAGGCAACCAAGCCCAAGAAGGCUUCCUCCAAAGCCCCAAGCAAAAAACCCAAAGCCACUCCAGUCAAGAAGGCCAAGAAGAAGCCGGCUGCCACGCCCAAGAAAACCAAAAAACCCAAGACUGUCAAAGCCAAGCCAGUCAAGGUAUCCAAGCCCAAGAAGGCCAAACCAGUGAAGCCCAAAGCAAAGUCCAGUGCCAAGAGGGCCGCCAAGAAGAAGUGACAAUGAAGCCUUUUCUCGUGGACGCUCCUUUCUAUGUCCUAUGUUUUGUACUUUCCUCCUUUUUUCUCUCUUGAUUCUCAUCCUUUGCCCCUUUCAUUCUGACUUUAUAAGAGAUGGAAUUUGGAUUCCUCCGAACUUAUGGAAUAGUUCAUUUUUCCUUAACCAAUUGUUCAAGGACAGCAACAAGAAAUCUCAUCUCUGUAUAAUGAUGAGAAUGUACUUAUAUUUUGUUGUUUUGAUUUGCUAUUAAUCUAAUGGGUUUAAAGGAUUGGGGUGGUUUUGUGUGUUUUGUUGACAUGUUUGCUAUGAAGGUAGAUGGGAGAGGAGAGAACGGGCAAGAUAGUUUGUCUGGCUAGGUGAGAGGGAGCCCAGGAGUUGUAAGGUUUGUAGGAGUAUCUUUUAAGGUCAGGGAACUUUAAAUUGGGCACCCCUUGUGAGAAUUUCUGAACCUUUGGCCGAGAGGUGGGGUGGCAGCAGCCAGACAGUAAAGGAUGGAGGUAGAUAAAACGGUCUCUGGGCUGAUUUCCACCUCACAAUGGUGAGCAUUGGGGGUCAAAACCCGUUUCCUUCUGACUAAUGCUAGUCUGCCCUUGUGGCCUCCAGAUUGUCUUAGAAAAGGGGAGAGGGGAGCUGUAGCUUCCCUCAGUCAACUAGGAACUAACCGCUGAAGGGUCUUUGUGGCUUCAGCAAAGUCACUUGCUAAACGGGAGUGGAAACUUUGGGGGAAGGAUGAUGGGGAGUCAGCCAAGUGCCUCAGUGUGUCCUGUUGAAGUUUAGGUUUUUCCACACAAUUGAUGGGUUGUGUCCCAGGAGGACUUUUUUCUCUUCCCUUGGUUUUUUGUUCCUCCCGUACAAGAGGUGGCUUUGCUUGGUUUGGUGGGGCUCCAGCCACACCCCCAGCCACCUAAAACUUCCCGACCUCUUUUUAUUUCUGGGUUUUUUUCUAAGUAGUUGUAGAUGGGGAGGGGGCAGUGGGUGGGGAGUGGACAAUAAGACAUACCGCAGUCGAUUUUGAAUUUGCUAAGUAGUUUUACAGAGCUAGGUCUGUGUGCAUGUGUGUGUAUUUAUAUAUAUAUAUAUAUAUAAAUAUAAUAUCUAGGGCUAGCACUAACGUUUCACACCCGGGAGCUGGGAGAAAAAACCUGUACAGUUGACUUUCUCUUAUUUUUAAUAAAAUAGGAAAAUAGCGCAUUCCCCCCACUCCCCUUUUUUUAAACAAGUGUUAUUUGUGCCGGGAAAAAUUUGCUGUCUUUGUAAUUUUAACUUUAAAAUAAAUAUGGGAAAGGAAGAAACCUGA